AUGUUAAGCUCACUAAAAAAAUGGGUACAAGAUGUGGCGGUUGAUCUAACACCUCCACCGCCACGAUCGUCACCAUCAACUACUUCAAUUUUCUCAUCAUCUUCAAUACCUGGAUCAACACAACAUAAUUUUUAUUCAACAAAAUUUUCACAUGAACAACAAGAAUCAAGAGAUUCAUCAUCAUCAGCAGUAUAUUUAUCUAGACCAAUAUCAAUGGAUAGUCUACCAAGUUCAAGAACACGUACUAUGUCGAUUCCCCAACCAUCAACAUCGCCAGUUGAACUUGAUUUAAGUCAUUUAAAUCGAGAAGAACAAGAACAUAUUGCUAAUGUACUAAGAAGAGCAAGAGCUGUCGAAGAACAGCAAUCUAAUUUAUUAUCAGUUACUGUUCCUUCUAUCAUGUCUCCACCAACAUCUAUAACAUCUUCAAUAUCUACUUCGUCAUCAUCUUCAUCAUCAAGUUCGAGAAUUAGUUUUACUAGUGAACAACUUGAAAAAAAUGACAAUGAAAUACAAGAUGAGAGCGAAAAAACUGUAACUAUUCCUGAAUCGACAUUUUCAAAUAUUUAUCGAUGUCAAACAUGUGGGAAAGAACAUCAAGAAAAUUCAUCGAACUGUUUUCAAUGUCAAGAAAAAGAAUUUGUUAACCGAGAUAUUGACAACAAUAUUACUUUUUUAAGUCAACAGUCGAUACCAUUAAAAAAAUCAUCAUCACCUAUAUCAAUUACAUAUAAUAGUCAUAAAGAAGAAGAUAAAAUCUAUGAUAAUAUCGAAAUAACUGAUUUAGAACAAAUAAAACAAGAUUCUUCUAUACAAGAAUCAAGAACAACUAUAAAUCAUAAUGAUAUUGAAAAUAAAAAUCAACAAAAUCAAUCAAUUAAUUCUGAUUUAUUACGAACAAAUAAUCUAACAGAAAUUGAUGAGAAUGAAUUUUUCUAUGAAGAACCAAGUCCAUAUGUAGCAGUAAUAAAAUCAAAUCAAAAUGACGAACAGAUUAUAUCAUCAUAUUAUAUUGAUGAAUUUCUUGAUGAAGAUAAAAAUGAUGAACGUGAUCAUGUUAAAGAAUUAGAAGAAACAAUAGCAAACCUAUCUCGACAUUUUCCAUCUGAACAAAUUGAAAAAAUUACACCAUCAACAUUAUCUAUUAAUAAUAUUGAUACAACUUCAAUUCUUGAAAUGGAAAUAGAAUCACCAUCAAUCGAUGAAAUUUCUUUUGAUUCUUCUACAUAUUCUUCGAACACCUCGAUUUCUGUUCCGAUUCCAAUUAAUAAUUGUCGAAUUAAUUUAAGUCGUUCGUCUGGCAUACGAGAGAAUUUAACUGAUCUUCUUAUACCAGCAACAACUAAAUAUCAUCAGACAUUACAACGAACUUUAUCGACACAUAGCAAGGUAAUAGAGUUCUAA